UAGAAUUGCAUCAAUGCGGCCCAGAGGUCGGGAAAUUAGCAUUAGUCGGGCACCCAACGGAGUUCAAAUGUUGUUUCGUGUCCCAAUAACUGCUCUGAACCCACCGAUCCCAACUCUAUGCUGGAAUGUGAUUGGACAGACUUCCUUAUCUCCCUGCUUACAUAACCUGCCUGUGCUUCCCCGCUCCAGUGAUAUCGAUCAAUCGUGAUAUCAAUCGAUCCUGUGUGGUCUUUCAGCGACAUACCGCCUGUCGCUCGUGCUGCUGGUAUUCGCCAUACGUCCUGUACGGCCAUAGUCGCUGCUUAAGGAACUGAACAGGGGCCAAGCAUGAAUCCGGCAUGCGUGGGGUCAAGAAAUCUCGCAAUGGAUGUGCGACUUGCAAGAGCAAACGGUUGAAGUGCGAUGAGGGCAAGCCCUCCUGCGGACGCUGUGCCCGCCUUGGAAUGGAGUGCCCGGGAUACUCCCAGUCCCUACGAUGGAUAACAAAGCAUGAAGUGCUCGAUAAUGGAAGGAGGUCAAGCCCUAAACACUCCGAGGCGAGUCCUCGUCUGGCUCAGGAUGUGCUCCAAAAUCCGAAUAACUCGGAAAUGACACUCUCUUCCACCGACGAUCCCGCAACGCUGCUUGAUGAUAUAAAUUCGCCGUUAGAUUUUGAGCAGUGGGAUCGACAAUUCAACCCAGUCUUGCCAGGGCCAGGCCAAAUAGAUACUACAAGAAGCCUGUCAGAUACCGGGUACGACCCGGCUGUUGAAGGAUCUCCCGCUGAUACAGCCACACCAAGAUCAGUGGCUUUUAGUAAUUUACUACCUGAAAAUGCCACCUCAAUAGAAGAGGAUUAUUUCCCAUCACCACUGCUUCUCCGACAAUCUCCUAUUCCGCGGUGCUCAAACAACCGACUGAGUAUCCUGCCUCCAUUACGGAAAUCACUAGAAGAUCCAUCCUCAACUUUGGUCGAAUACUAUUUUAAAGAAGUUGCCGGUCUAUUCUCGAGCUAUGAUAGCCACAUGAACCCAUUCCGUACAACAGUGUCUCGGCUAUGGACUUCCUCGUCAGUCUUGUGUCGGACACUGCAGAGCAUGGCGGCGGCCACUCUGGUUGAUGAUUUCCCACAAUUCGGCCCAGUCGGGCUCAAGAUGCGAGACGAAGCCAUCUCAUUUCUCGAGAAACAGCCGGCUCUCGAUGAUAAAUCACUCCUGGCCGUGUUGAUGUUGGGACAGACGGCAAGCUGGCAUAAAGCGAAUGACCUAGGUGUUUCGUUCUUCAAUCUUCUUCGCAACCAUCUCAAUUCAAUUUCUGCUAGUGGUAGUGGUGCCACUUCGUUGACUAACCGCAACAACUAUCAGUUUUUCGAAGAAGCUCUUGUCUAUUGGGAAAUGCUGCUUUCCUACGUCGCAGACCAUGGCACACUUAUUUCGUCAACAAACCCAGACCUACAUCCAGCCGCAGAUAACAGCUUGACACAGAGAGUACCGCAUCCAUGGACAGGCAUCGCACGUGACACUCAAUUCGCUGUCCACGAGGUUGGCCGUCUCGUUAGAGGAGAACGGAAUCGUAUGCGCUCCAAGCGAUUUACAUCGCGAUCGGAUAUUGCGCAGGCCCAGCGAGCUAUUGAGAAGGCGCAGGAACUGGAGCAAACGCUCUUAAACCUCUCCCAUCCAACGGAGACAGAGGUGGUCAACCCCGGCGACGACGACACGCCGGUGUGGCAUCUGCUUGCCAUGGCUGAAGUGUAUAGAUAUACAGGUCUUCUUCAACUCUAUCGAGCGUUCCCUGACCUCUUAUGGUCUCGGAUACAAUCCGGAGACAUAGCCGGGGAGCCACUGAUGCCUCGUUCAAACAUCAGCUUCCUAGACCAAUCGAAUGGCCAUUCGUCUGGUUUUCUCAGCUACGCCGACCUCCCCGAGGAGAUCUUUGGCGACUUUCAAUUCGACGAUGGAUCAGAUAUCUCACCCGCAGUCCACGACGAAUGGCUCACUAGAUUCGCAGUAACCGCCAUGUCGAAAUUGAAGACAAUCCCGCACGAGUCCCGAACACGAUGUCUACAACCAUUCCUUCUCGUCGCGUCAUCCAGUGAACUUCGCUUGCCGCCGACGACCCUGCCUCUUUUUGAUGAGUCUGAGGACGAUCACACCCUCAACUUAUCCACGCACGCAAUCGAGGUCUCGCGGACUCGCAAAUUCAUCCUCGGCCGCCUGAGCUCGUUUCUUCACGUGCUACCCCCAAAGCCUAUCCAUGUCUGUCUCCAGCUCGUCAACGAGAUCUGGAGCCGCAUGGACGCGGGCGAGUCGGAUGUGUUCUGGAUGGAUGUAAUGAUUGAGAAAGGCUGGGAAACAACCAUGGGCUAAUAGGUCAACUCAACUUUAUGUACAUGACUUCUUGUUUCUAUUAAUUUCUGUCCGAUGUAUAUAUCAUUGUCAAAUCAACGAAUGACAAGUCUGACAAACAUUACAAAUAUGUACGUAUGCAUGUCCCUUAUCAGCCAGCCACACCUGCCCAAGAAGGACAUGUUUUCCGGAGGAUAAGCAGCUGGUGGUGUGCUGGUGGUGUACAGUGUCGUACGGAGUAGCCUCGUUCUAUACUCAAUGUUCUCUCUCCUUG